AUGUCCACUCCUUUUAGAAGCAAGAAAAUUAGGAAAGAAGAAAGAUAUGAAAAAGAGAAAAAUGAGUUGAACGAUAAAAUAUAUGGCAGUGGAAAUCAACGGUCUUCCUACACAUCCAGCAGACAUAGCAAUAGCGACAGUAGUAGCAAAAAAUGGGACAUACACGAUAAUGUUAGAAGGGAAGCUGCACAGCUAAACCCAAGCGAUUCAGGGGAUAACACAGAAACGGAGAGGCGUCUAUAUGACCGAUAUGUCAGGAGUCAAGAAAGAAGAAACCACAAGACGAGUGGGACGGAAGAUCAGACCGACCUUUCCCAAAGUAAAAGAAAGAAGUGA